AUCCGGAGUUCUCUUCUUUUUCGCCCACUCUGUGUCCUUUUACAGUUUGUCACUCUGACACGGUAACAGAAUAAAAUGCAGAGAGCUCGCUAGAGAGAGAGAGAGAGAGAGAGAGAGGUAGAAAAUGUGAGUCUGAGUUAGAGAGAGAAAAUGGGUGAAAAGGAACGGUGAUGUAGCUGAAAGUUUUGCUAUCACAACUGCUGAUCAGAGACCAUUUCAGAUUUCGUUCUUUUGGUAGUUUCGAUGCUGUACUUUCUUUUGGGUUCUGGGAGAUCAAGUUUUUCUGUGAUUUGGGACUUUGAAGGCCAUUGAAGUAAGGAGUUGGAUUUGCAGCAAUUAUUUUACUUUGGAUUCAAUUGAGCUGGUGCAAGGAGUGAAGAUAAAGAGCUGGAAAAGCCCUUAUAAUUUUGUUGGGUGGUGGAAAAUAUUGAAUUUUGAUACUGGCCUGGAUCCAUUACCUGGGUUUUGCUUACUGGCAUAAGGACCCGUCUUUUGCAAGGUCAAAAGCAGUUGCGUUUUUGUUCUUCGCCGGAGUCAUGGCAACAUUGUUACAUUCAGACUCCAGGCGCAUGUAUUCUUGGUGGUGGGACAGCCACAUUAGCCCGAAGAAUUCAAAAUGGCUUCAAGAAAAUCUUACAGAUAUGGAUGCCAAAGUGAAAGCAAUGAUCAAGCUUAUUGAAGAAGAUGCAGAUUCCUUUGCAAGAAGGGCAGAAAUGUACUAUAAGAAACGUCCCGAGCUCAUGAAACUGGUGGAGGAGUUCUACCGAGCUUAUCGAGCAUUAGCUGAAAGGUAUGAUCACGCUACAGGGGAGCUCCGCCAGGCCCAUCGAACCAUGGCAGAAGCAUUUCCCAACCAAGUACCUUUUGAACUAUCUGAAGAUUCGCCUUCAGGAUCUUCAAUACACGAGGCAGAGCCGCACACACCUGAAAUGCCACAUCCAGUUCGUGCAUUGCUCAACCUGGAUGACUUGCAUAAGGAUGCAUUGGGGCUUUCUGCAUCCAACUUAAAUUCUUCCCAAAGAAGUCUACCUUAUUCAGAAGAAUCCGACUCUGGAAUUAGCAAAAAGGGUUUGAAACAGCUAAACGAGUUGUUUGGGGCCAAAGAACUAGGGCCACAGAAUCCAAACUUUUGUGAAGGAGAGACGAGAAAAGGCCUGAGCCAUGAAACGGAAGAGAAAGAACAAAGGCUGAUAGAUGAAGUCUCCCAGUUAUCUAAUGAGAAUCAAAACCUCAAGAGCAAGGUCUUCUCUGAGACUGAGCGUGCAGGUAAAGCUGAAAGUGAAAUUGAAAACUUAAAGAAAGCCCUUUCUGGAAUACAAGCUGAAAAGGAAGCUGUGCUGCUUCAGCACCAGCAGAAUUUGGAGAAGUUAUCUGAUCUAAAGGAAGAACUCAACCGUGCACAGAGAGAUUCUAGGGGGCUCAAUGAACAAGCAAGGAAAGCUGAAACUGAAGUUCAAACAUUGAAGGAGAUGCUUGUUAAAUUGGAGGCUGAAAGAGAUGCUGGUUUUCUUCAACACAAGGAAUAUCUGGAAACGAUAUCUAGUCUGGAAUCCAUGAUUUCUCAAGCCCAAGAGGAUGCAAAAGGCCUAAAUGAGCGAGCUAUAAAAGCAGAAAUUGAAGGUCAAUAUCUAAAUAAAGAACUUUGUAGACUACAAACUGAAAAGGAAGCUGGUCUUCUUCAGUACAGACAGUGUCUGGAGAAGAUAUCUGUUCUCGAGAACAAACUUUCACUUGCCAUGGAGACAACCCAAAUGCUUAAUGAGAGAGCUGAAAGAGCUGAAACUGAAGCUAAGAAACUGGAAAAAGCUCUUGCUGAACUAACCAAAGAGAAAGAAGCUGCAGCUCUCCAAUAUGAACGUUGCUUGGAAAAAAUAUCUAAGCUGGAGAGUGAAAUCUCCUCUGCCCAAGAGGACGUGAAACGCCUUAACGGUGAGAUGCUGAUUGGGGCUGCAAAACUACAGAGUGCGGAAGAAAAGCAUGUUCUGUUGGAGACAUCAAAUCGAUCUCUGCGGCUAGAGGCGGAUAAUCUGGCAAAGAAGAUUGCAAUGAAAGAUCAAACACUUUUGGAAAAGCAUGAGGAAUUGGAGAAACUUCAGAUUCGUGUACAAGAUGAGCACUUGUGUUUUGUCCAAGUUGAAGCCACUCUCCAAACUUUAAUGAAUUUGCAUGUUCAAUCUCAAGAGGAGCAGAGAGCUCUGGCACUGGAGCUUAAAAAUGGUCUUCAAAUGUUGAAGGACUUGGAGAUAUGCAAACAUGGUUUGGAGGAAGAAAUCCGGAGGGUCAAGGAUGAAAAUCAGAGCUUGAAUGGACUGAAUUCAUCUUCCGCCAGUUCAAUGAAGAAUCUGCAAACUGAGAUCGUUAGCUUGAGGGACAUGAAGGAGAGACUUGAAGAGGAGGUUGCAUUACAAAUGGGACAAAGUAAUACCCUCCAACAAGAAGUCUUCCAUCUGAAACAGGAAAUUGAGGUCUUGAACAAGAGACAUCAAGCUUUAAUGGAGCAACUGGAGUCUGUAGGUUUGAACCCAGAAUGCAUUGGGUCAUCGGUAACAGACUUGCAAAAUGAGAAUUUGAAACUGAGGCAGAUAUGUGAGCAAGAUAGAGAUGAGAAAGAAGCUCUUUUCAAGAAGUUGACAGACAUGGAGAAACUUGUGGAGAAGAAUGCCGCUCUGGGGAGCUCCCUGUUGGAAGUGAAUGGUAAGUUAGAAGCGUCACGAGAAAAGGUUGAGACAUUGCAAGAAUCUUGCCAGUUCCUCCACGGAGAAAAAUCUGCUCUUGUUGCUGAGAAAGCUGUGCUUCUGUCCCAGUUACAAAGCAUCACUCAGAAUCUGCAGAAGCUCUUGGAGAAAAACACAAUCUUGGAGAAUUCCCUCUCAGGUGCAAAUGUUGAACUCGAAGGUUUGAGGGAAAAAUCGAAGAACUUAGAAGAACUCUGUCAGUUGCUUGAUAAUGAGAAAUCUAAUCUUCAUGCUGAAAGAGGCACCUUGGUUGUUCUGUUGGAAAAUGUUGAACAGAGACUAGAAAAGGUGGAAAGAAGAUUUACAGAAUUAGAAGUAAAAUAUUUAGGCUUGGAGAAGGAGAAAGAAGCCACAUUCUCUCAAGUAGAGGAACUAAAGGUUUCUCUAGGUGCGGAGAAACAAGAGCGGGAAAGUUUUACGGUGCUGAGUGAGGCCCGAUUGUCUCGACUGGAAGAAAAUGUCCAUCUUCUGCAAGAAGAAAGUAGGUGGAGGAAGAAAGAAUUUGAAGAAGAAUUAGAUAAAACAGUGAAUUCUCAGUUUGAAAUCUUCAUCUUGAAAAAAUUUAUACAAGAUAUGGAAGAAAAGAAUGACAAUCUACUGUUAGAGUGUCAGAAACAUGUUGAGGCAUCCAAAUUGACGGAGAAACUGAUUUCUGAGUUGGAGAAUGAAAAUCUUGAGCAGCAGUUGGAAGCAGAACUCUUAUUGGAUGAAAUUGAAAAGCUGAGGAUGGGGAUAUAUCAAGUGUUCAGAGCUCUUGAGAUUGGUGGAGAUAAUGGGUGUAAAGAUAAGAUUGAAAAUGAACGAAUAUUUUUGUAUCAUAUUUUAGGGAAUAUUGAGGAUAUGAAAUGUUCUCUUUCAGAAUAUGAGGAUGAUAUGCAACGGUUGUGGGUUGAGAACUCAGUUCUGGUGACUCUUCUUGAGCAGAUGAGAUUAGAGUGCUUGGAAAUUGAGGCAGACAAGAAAAUCCUCGAUCAGGAGUUUAAAAUCAGGACUGAGCAGCUUGUGGUGGUUCAAAAUGAGAAGUACGGACUUCUAGAGAUAAACAGGCAGUUGGGAUCAGAGGUGAGAGAGGGGGACCAACAGGUGAAUAUACUUAAGGCAGAAAUGGAGAGUCUGCGUGUGAAGCAGGAAAAUUUGCAUGGGGCUUAUCUGGAACUACAGCAGAAAUAUUCUAAGGAGCUUGAAGAAAAAAACUCUUUGUCAAAAAAGAUCUCAGACCUGAAGCACGAGAAGUGCAUGGAUGAAGAGGAAAAUGAUCUUAUUCUUGUGGAAAUGUUAGCUCUUGGUAACCUUUCUGUGAUUUUCAACAGCUUUGGGACUGAGAAAGCUAUGGAACUAAACGUGCUUAUUGAAGAUCUGCACAAUCUUAAUCGGGUUAGCAGUGAAUUUGAAAAAGAAGUUGGCAACUUGAGAAUGAAGCUGGAAAUGAAAGAAACAGAAAAUUUACUUCUGAAAGAUUCAGUUGAGAAGUUGAAUAAGGAGCUUCAUGGGGUGAGAGAUAUUAAUGAUCAAUUAAUGGAAGAACAAUCAAGUGGCAAGGAUCUCCUGAGGCAGAAGGAAUCAGCACUUUUAGAAGCAGAGCAGAAGCUUAAAACUACAGAGGAGUUGCAGUCAGAAAUGUGCAGAAAUGUUGAGGGACUGAAGAGAGAGAGUGAAGAAUCAAAACAUAUGAGAGGAACUCUAGAAAUGCACAUUCUCGAACUAGUUGAAGAUAAUACAAUUCAAAAUGAGGAAAUUGAAUGCCUACGUGAAGUGAAUGGAAAUAUGGAGUCUGAAGUGCAUAUAUUGCUGAAAGAAAUUGAAGAACACAGAAUCAGAGAAGAGAAUUUGAAUUCAGAGCUGCAAGAGAGAUGCAAUGAGUUUGAACUCUGGGAAGCUGAGGCUGCAACAUUCUGUUUUGAUCUUCAGAUCUCCGCAGUCCGUGAAGUUCUGUUUAAAAAUAAGGUUCAUGAGCUUACUGGAGUGUGUCAGAGUCUUGAAGAAGAAAGUGCUUCAAAAACUGUGGAGAUUGAGCAUAUGAAAGAAAGAGUUAGCUUCAUGGAGAGUGAAAUUGGAGGACUGAAGGCCCAGUUAUUUGCAUAUGCUCCUCUUAUAGUUUCUCUUAGAGAUGACAUAACAUCUUUUGAGCAAAACACUCUGUCUCGGGUGAAUCUUAUUGCAGCUGGCAAUCAAGAAACGGAGGUUGCGGAUUUGGCAGGUCAUCUCCAUGGAAAGAGCUGUCAAGCGAAAAUCGAAGAUCAAAACUCUGUCAUCCCAAAUGGAAUUUCAGAUUUGCAGGAGUUACAGACUAGGAUUAAAGCAGUUGAAAAGGUGGUGGCACAAGAAAUGGAAAUGCUUGCGCGACAGAAAAGCUUGAACUGCAACAUUAAACUAGAAACUGCAAUGAAAGAGAUCGAAGAGUUGAAAGCUAAAUGCAGCUUGGAUCAAGAAAUAGACAGCCAAAAGAAAGAGAGGGAACUUGGGGACAAGCUCACUGAAAAUCUAAAGUUGCAGAAAUCAACACCCAAAAUUUCUGAAGUGAAGAAGGGUAUUCUGAUGAAAGAUAUUCCACUUGAUCAUGUUUCGGAAGGUUCACUACAUAGAAUAAUCAGGACAGGAAAUGGUGGGCCAGAUGAUCAGAUGCUCGAGUUAUGGGAAACUGCUGAGGACUGCUGCCUUGAUCACACAGUCAGUGCGUCACAAAAGCAGGCAUGUCAACCUACAGAGGGUGAUAAUGUGUACCAUCAGUUUGAAGAUGUGGAGCAGAAGACUGAGGAUCCCUCUUCAGAGUUACAAGUGGAGAAGGAGUUGGGUAUUGACAAUGACAGGUUACAGGUACCCAUGAGUGUUCCUGAGCUAAAUCUAAAUCAAGAAGGGAACAAGAGAAAGAUCUUGGAGAGACUUGCUUCCGAUGCUCAGAAAUUGACGAGUCUUCUGACAACAGCACAAGAUUUGAGAAGGAAACUUGAUACAAACAAGAAGAGCAAAAAGGCCAAGGAUCUUGAUCUCAAAACAGUGAAGGAACAGUUGCAAGAAGUUGAGGGUUCUGCUUUGCAGCUGGUGAAUAUGAAUUGUCAGUGGACGAAAAAUAUUGAAGAUAGUUCCUCAUGUUCAGACGUGAACGCCUCAGCAGAGUCAGAGGAGGCUGGGAGUACCCCGAGAAAGAGAGUUUCAGAACAAGCACGGAAAGGGUCUGAAAAGAUUGGACGGUUGCAGUUGGAACUUCAGAAAAUCCAGUAUGUUCUGUUGAAACUGGAGGAUGAAAAGAAGAGCAAAGGGAGAUACAGAUUUUCCAGGAGUAGAACAACCGUCAUCUUGAGAGACUUUAUUCACAGUGGCAGGAGAAAUAGUGGAAGGCAGAAGAAGAAUCGUCUUUGUGGGUGUUUCAGAGCUUCAACUAAUGGAGACGGCGGUAAUUACUUGUAAUGCUGUUAUAUUCAUUAGCUAGGAGUUAUGGUUCCUUGAAAUGUUCCUUGUAUUGUGCUGAAAGGAUCAAUUUCUUGGAUUAGUUAGAAGAAACUGAUCAUCUUUAGUUUAGAGGAACUGUAUGAAUUAUAUCUGAUCUAAUUUAAAUAAGCUGCUCGCAUGAUCACGAGCUUAUUUAUCA